AUAAUUAUUUUUCCCCAAUCUCGGUAAAGUAUCAUGUAAUUUCAAACAACUUACUAGACUAGAGAUCAUGCAGGCGCUUGUAUAGUGUUUUCCGACAGACGGAUAUCUGUAGAUAAAGGUUAAUUGCUACGUCUUCAGUCAAGGGCGUGUCUAGAAUGAUUGAGGCGCACACUCUUUGUAACUAAUUAAUUUGCUUUAACGUUAAUGAUCCACUGUUGAGGCGCUUCGAAUUGUUAUCUUUGGAUCGUUAGUUUUCUAACAAAUGAAAGUGGCGUGGGACAUAAAGCUGACGUAGAUAUGAGGUGGAGAUAGAUAGUAGAUCACGAGAUGAUGAAGGUGUGACUGACAAGUACCAAUUAGAACACAUUAUACAGACAGAGUGCAUUACCAAGCCGUUUCAGUGUUGAUGCUACCGCCCGUACUCUUCACAGUGCCACAGUAACGUGCAGUGUUGCAGUGCUUGCUUAGCACAUUCGAGCACGUUGGAAACUUGGUUGUCGACGUCGUUCAGGCCAAGAGACCGUAUACGUAUGUAUAGAACUGUUUCUAGCUGAAAUUUAGUGCAGUCUAUCACUAGAGGACAUGCUGUGGAUGUGGAGGCGUGUCAUUGCACCUGCACUGAAGCUUCUUACAUUCUUUCAUUUGGCGUCGAGCAGCAAUUCAACUCAAGAACUAACCCUUAGUGUAAUUCUACCGUUUGACGGCGGUACAUGGUGUCAAGGCCACAACAUUCUUCCUGCCAUUCGAAUGGCUCGAGACAUCAUCAAUCAAAAGGGUUUGAUUCCUGGCUAUAAUUUGACGACGGAAAUACACAAUGGCAAGUGCGACGUAUCAGAAGGACUGGAGUCUUUUAUUGACAGCUUGCUGGCUAGAGACAGACUUCUAGUUGGUUUUGUCGGUCCCGGAUGCUCUAGCAGUGCCAAACCCAUUGGAGCGGUCUCUCGGCAAUACCCUUUCAUCAGUAUUUCGUAUUCAGCCGAAUCUUCUGAGUUAUCAAAUUCAGUUACAUAUCCCUAUUUCUUACGCACGGUCCCUCCUGCUGGAGAACUACAAAAACUAUGGCUAGCGCUUCUCAAACAUUACGGAUGGUUUCGUUUUGCUUUGGUCAUACAAAAUGACCAUGCUGGUUUCUCUACCGAUUGGUUUCAACAGGAGUUGCUAGACGACCCACUAUUCAACUGGUCCGACGUGACGUUAAUUUCAACUACACAAGACGGCCGCAGUUGGGAUCCAGUCGCUGUUAUCAAGGAGCUCCAGAAAAACGACAUUAGAAUCAUACUUGCAAUGCUGUUUGAAGACCACGCUCGCGAGCUUAUGUGUGCUGCCUACAAGAUGGGAUUGACUGGCUGCAGAGGUGAAAAACAGUACGUGUGGAUAUUUCCCGGAUGGUAUGACAGCGAAUGGUGGUAUCGCAGUUCUUGUAAUGAACAACUAGACACGAACUGUCCAGGACAUAUGGUGCUCCACGCUCUUAACGGGUACUUGGUUAUUCAAAAUCAAUAUUUUACAGACAAGUCGGAGGAUGAAAAGAUUGCCGGUGGGCUGACAGUGAAGCAGUGGCAUGAAAAAUAUGAAAGCUAUCGUAAGGUUUAUCAAGAAGAAUUGAGAGGCAGAAAUGAGACGGUGACGUUGCGAGAGCGGCACUUCGGGAGCUAUGCUUACGACGCUGUUUUUACUUGGGUGUAUGCACUAAACAAGUUUUUUCAAGAAGGAAACCGACCAAAAUUUCACAUUUCCGAUGACAAAUCUGCGAGUAAGAAAAUUGGUACAAGACUUAAAGAAAUCAUGACUGGUGUUAAAUUCAGUGGCAUUUCUGGAGAAGUAAAAUUUAAUGGGAAUGAUCGGAUAGCAAACUUGACCGUCAGAAAUUUCGUCAAUGGAACUUAUCGAACAGUUGCCACGUACGACACAAUAACGGAAACGUUUACACAUGAAAACGUACUUGUGAACUGGGGCAAUGGAUGUGAUGCGACAAUACCGCGUGAUCGUGCCGUCGAGGUUUUUCAUGGCUGCUCGGGUUUGACAUCGUUUGCAUUACUGCUAGGCAGCUGUGCCAAAGCAGUCGCUAUAGUUAGUUCUUUAGGAUUUCUGGUCGUUCUGCUUAUCAUUUUACUGCUCUUUUUUCGGUAUCAUCGGAAAUUUGAGGCGACACGAAAAAGAAUGAACUCCCUGGGACUAAUGGAUCGUAAACGCAGAUCACUGUUACUAAAUGUCGACGACUUUGAAGUCUCCCGAUCAACGCUGCAGCUGAACCGCAAGCUAGGAGAAGGAUGCUUUGGUGCUGUUUACGGUGGGGAGGGAGUAAGUGUUGUGGAUGGUGAAGAACGUACACCUAUAGCCGUAAAAGCACUCAGACCAGGAGCUGAGCCUGAAGAGAAAGUGCUUUUUCUAGAAGAAGUUCAAGUUAUGAAGCAGUUUAUCCAUCCUAAUAUUGUUCGCCUCAUCGGUGUUUGUACAAAAGAAGAGCCCAUUUGUGCGGUGAUGGAACUGAUGGUUUAUGGUGAUUUAAAGUCUUAUCUUUUGUCGCACAGACUCUGCUUGACAUCACCAGAUCUGCAAUGGAUGGCUGUUCAAGUAGGCCGCGGUGUCGAAUACUUGCAUUCUCGCCAAUUUGUACACAGGUGCCGAUAUUUCAUAUUGAUAUUGAUUGAUGGGUCUAUAUACAGUGUAUGUGCGUUAAUUCUAUUUAUUAUUGCCGUAUGCGUUUGCAGAGAUAUCGCAUCUCGUAACUGUAUGGUAACUCUCAACAAAACAACCAAGCUGGGAGACUUCGGAUUGACUAGAAAAGUGGGAGACAGUAGUGACUAUUACAGAUAUAGGAGAUCUGGACUGUUGCCCAUCCGUUGGAUGGCUCCCGAGUCUAUCAGAAAUGGGAUAUUCGCUACGUCUAGUGACGUUUGGAGUUUCGGUAUUCUUCUUUUUGAAAUUAUUACUCUAGCCGGCUUUCCCUACCAAGAAUGGUCCAAUUACCAAGUUAUUGAAAAUGUCUCUAAAGGCCUCACUAUUCAAUUGCCAGCACAAUGCCAUUCGGAGCUAAAGGGCACUAUGACUGACUGCUGGAUUUACGAAGCGGAUCGGCGUCCGACUAUCAGCGUCGUCUUGUCUCGCAUCGAAGGCGAUACGAGGUCUCAAAUAUUUGUGCCUUGCACCGAAACUUUACCGGAAAUUAUCAACGCUGCAAAUGAAGUAGAGUGCAGUGUACCGGCCGAUACCUCUCUUCCAGUGAGAAAACGAACAAUACCGGUACAUGAGGCAUGUUCAACGCUCGUACGCAGAUUCUCUGAGUCUGCCAUUACCAAAAUGGUUAUUUCGCAAGACUCGGCAAAGACAAAGACGAGCGGUGAUGACUGCUCCUUGUCGCGUCAACCGUCGAUAAAAUGUCCUCGACAUCCGUUGAGUUCGUCGUCGCUUAGACGACAUGCUAAUAAACGGCAAACACACUUCACCUGUCAGGAAAGCUAUAUCUAGGCAGGUCGUAUGGAUAUGUUCAUAUUUGGGUAUCCCGUAUAUGGUACAGGGAGCACCAUGCUAUUGCAUGAUUGCAAAAAUUACUAUUAAUUAGUAUUGCAGUGCGCUCAACUGGCAUCUAGAUACACGGAGUAUAGUCGAGUGCAAUAGCUACGCGUGUGCUCAAUUUAUGUGGAUCGUUUUCGUUAAUUAACAUACAUUGUUUGCCGGAAAUCUUAAUAAUCCUAUGUAAAGAUGUGUUAUUUAUACGAAGGUGGAUACGUUUCGUGUACUGGUAAUAGAGACGAUGCA